AGUACGGCAGCUCGGCAUGGACAAUAAAAACGACUGAAGAGCACGUAAACGACACAUCGUUAAGUAAAAAAAACAUACAAACGUUUAUCUUCCGUGCAGUAUUUACAAAAUCCAGUAUCAUACUGGAACACUUUCCAGGUUUAAGUUACUUUAGCGCCGCCGUAUGCGUUAGUGUUGCGCGGGGGUUCAGCCGUUGAACAGGAUCAUCAUCAUCAUCAUCGGACGUGACCGGAAGUGUCUUGACACAGUCAGCUGAUAAAGCGACAGGAGCGAUCAAAGAUGGCCUACCCAAAAUCCCACAACCCAUUUGCUGAUGAUGAUGACGACAAUGAGGAACACUUUAAGCCUAGAAGUAGGGGUUUUGACGAAGACGACAGCGGGAUGAGUGAUGCGGAGAGGAGGCAGCGGUACCUCCAGCAGGAAUUGAUGCGGACAACUCAGUCCAUGGUGGACAGCACUCACCGUUCCCUUGGUCUCAUCUACGAGUCGGAGAAGAUUGGUGUAGACACGGCAGAGGAGAUGGUGCGACAAGGUGAAGUUCUGAAGAGGGCAGACAAGAUGUUGGACAAUAUGGAUCAGGACCUGAAGACUAGCCAGACGCACAUUACCAGUAUCAAGAGUGUGUGGGGUGGCCUUAUGAAUUACUUCAAGGGCAAGCCAGAGACAAAGCCCCCACCCGAGCAACAAAAGCCCUAUCAGGCCAGUGAUAGGUUACAGACUGCCAUGUCCAGCAGCAGAGAACAUGAAGAUAAGUACCAAGCCAGCCAUCCCAACUUAAGGAAGUUGGAUACAGGAGGAUUUGGGGCUUCUACAUCGAUGGAUGACAGCUCAUCGAGACCGAAUGCUUACCCCCAGAACAGGCACCUCAGAGAGGCUCACCAGACCAUUGACAAAAAUUUGGAUGAGAUUUCCAACGGCCUGAGCCGACUGAAGAACCUUGGCCUGGGACUCCAGUCUGAGAUUGAGGCCCAGGACGACUCCAUUGAUUCUCUGCUGAACAAAGUGGACAAGAUGGACAAUAAGAUCAACAAAACAAACCAGCAGAUCAAAAACCUCAAAUAAAAGAAACACUUGGGCUUGGCUCACAUACAACAAAAACUGGCCACAGGUCAAUCUCUCACUUGGCCUUCCAUCCUCUCUCAGUUGAGUAAACUGUGUUUUAUUUCCUUUAUUUUCUUUAAAUGAGUCUUCCACAUCAAAGUAAGUGAUUUUCAUUUUUUACUUGUGUGUUUUGAAGGGAAGAUUCUGCUCUGUGUGUUUAUUAGGUGAAACCGGUUGUCUCUGUUUGCCUGUCUGAAUGUAGUUAUUUGAAUUUUACCGAUUUGAAAAAUAUCUUAAAGUUCAAUUUUGGAAGAAAAGAGAUGAACCGGAAGAGAAGUUUUAAUUACUUUAAAAUAAUCAAAAAAUACCAUUUUAUACUUUAUUGUAUGAUUCAUAUGUUAGUUCUAUAUGUGAUUCCUGGACCUGCCUGUACGUACAGUAUGUAUAAAAACACAAACACAAGCGGCACUUCCAGCUAAAGUCACUUUUGCCUUACAUGUGCUAUGUAUGUACAGUCGACUGACCUUUGGAUCUGUGCCACGAUUCUGCCUCCACUGACAAAUUUGACCAUGAGAUGCUUCUCUUUGUUUGAUUCUGUGCUUUCCUUGGCGGUAUAUUAAAAGUUUAUAUCAACGGA